UUUAUACAUAAUUGAGAUUUAUUGUUUUCUCAUCAUUAUUGUUGUAUACAUAAAAUAUUACUCCCAUAGUGAUGGAUUUGGAAAAGAUUGAAGAUUUAAAAUCUCAUACAAUAUAUUUUAUUUUUUAAAAAAAUAUCUGUAAAAUGUUUAUAUGCUAACAAAAAUAUGUUGUAGAUCCACAGGAGCUUUACUUUUUAUCUACUGAGCUAAUCUCCUUCCUGGAUGGAAUUCAAAGAAGUCUAUAUUUCUCUUUGUUUCCUAAAUCCUUUAAUCACAUUCCUAGUUAGCUUAAAGAAUUCAUAUCAUGCAAGAACAGUUUUGGUUUAUAGCCACACUGGUAAGCAACUUGCACAUCAUCACCUUUGACCUUUCCUGCUUCAUGAUGCGCCAGCUCAUCCCACAAUUCUAGCUCCACCACCCACCUGCUACUUCUUUGUCCCCCUUCCACCACUCCAUCUCCCACUACCCAAUACACCACCCUCGCUGCCACCAUCAUCACCUACCAAACCCUACAUCUCCACUCUUUGUUGUUCAUUUUGUCUUGCCAGGAGCUUCCCUUUCCUGCCAUUUCUCAGUUUGGCAGCAAGAUGAAUGGGUAUUCCAAGAUGGGAGUGAGCACUGGCAUCACGACCAAGCUGAGUUCCACAGACUUGUCAGACCUCACCUUCUCCCUUGAACCAAAAGAACCCACACCAGAGGAAGCUGGUGUGAAGAUUCAGGAGGGGGAGGAGGGCCACCAGAGGAAUGGGGCGAUACUUGGCAGGAACUGCGGCUCUGCCUCUCAGAGGUUCCGGGACAAUGGCACCACCAGCCUUCACAACAUGGUGAGGAGGGCCUUCUCCAUGAGGAAGCCUUCCUCUGCUGCAGGAGGCUACUGGAGGAUGCAUGACACUGGUGAUGGAGAUGGGGAGUUUGUAGAGCAGGAGCAGCAGGAGGAGGAGGAGGUAAGGUCUUCAAGGAAGAAGAAGAAAGGGAAGCUCCUUAGGGCAUGCAAAAAGCUCCUUGGAAUUUAGACAUUGUCUUCUGUGUUUUUGCCAACACACAAACAAACACAUAUAGAUUGAGAGAGAAAAUAAAAAACUUUUCUCUUGCUUUUUGAUGUUAUUAAGGCCUCAUGAUUUAAGCAUUACUGUUUCUAUCAAAUAGUACUUGGUUUUUAAGUCUCUCAAACUCUUCUUAUUGUUUCAUCCUUGGUGAGCACAUGAACUAUAUUUUGGUUUGCUUUGCCUUCUUCUCAAAUAGUGGUUUGAUAUACUAUGAUCUCUAACAGUUCUAAAAAUGAAAAUAAAAAAAAAGUCAUUUUGUCUUUUUCAAACAUUAGUUUAUCAUUUCUCUUUUGGGCUAUUAGAGGAAUUCAGAGAAAUAGUAUAUUGAGGACCUCUUGCCAUCUUAUCUUUCUGAAAUGAACUCCUUAAUUUUUGUUGUAUUUUUUUUUCUUUCUUUUUGUAUCCAAUUCCCUCUUAGUAACUUCAAAGUUGUCUGCUUAUCUUUUAAUUUCUU